GACAAGCAAUCGAUAGCUGACGUCAUCGCUCGUGUUGUGUGUACGGCCGCUUCUGAAACCUUAGGGGCGAAAACGGCGUGUGGUUGCACUCUUAUUUCGGUUAUUAAUAGCUGUUGAAGAAGUAGGUCGCAGUAGCAGAUCAUUUCUCGAAACCAGGGUCUAUUUGAAAAAGUGAAAGAAACAAGCAAGUGAAAUGUCUUCGUUGAAGUCAUGCGUAGUAGGCUAGCUCGCUGUCGACCUGACUAGCAAGCUAGCAGGAAGUUCUUGUGUGUACCGAUAAGAAUGCAACGUUUUUUAUUAUUGUUGUUGUACCGGUAAAUGGGACGCACGUACAAAAGACUGUGAGUGUUUAAACAGUUUAUUUGCGAGAUAAAAGUUUAUCGGUCACUGUUUUAGCCUGUUAGUUAACAGCUAGCAGCUAACUAGCAGCGCAGAAGCCUGACCUGUCUAUACAUGUACAUGCUGUGGACUCCUGUAGUCGCCAGAGCUAUAAAGCGAGUUCUACUUCUUUCUUUUCUUUUUCUUUUUUUAGAGAGGGAGAGAGAGAGAGUAAUAGAAGUGAGUGAAUGCUAGAGAUUUAAGUAAGAGCCGUGCUGGAGCGUUUGUCACUCAGGACGGAAUAAUGCAGUGGCUGUGAGGGAGUUCAAGGUCCGGCCUCGGUGCUGCAUGUGCUGGAUGUAGAUGAUGCGGAUGCACUGGUUCAUUACUGUCAUCAACCGAAGAAUUAUGAAACUCCUCGUCGCCCUCGGUCUCAUCGCAUACAUCGCCUCUGUCUGGGGAACCUACACCAACAUGAGGUCGAUUCAGGAGAAUAGCGAGCUGAAGAUUGAUCAGAGGAUAGAUGAGGCUGUUGCACCUUUGAGAGAGAAGAUUCGGGAUCUUGAGCUCAGUUUAACACAAAAGUAUCCACCGGUGAAAUUUCUCUCUGAGAAGGAUCGGAAGAGGAUUCUGAUCACAGGUGGUGCAGGCUUUGUGGGCUCCCACCUGACUGAUAAACUGAUGAUGGACGGUCAUGAGGUGACAGUGGUCGAUAACUUUUUUACCGGCCGCAAGCGCAAUGUAGAGCACUGGCUUGGUCAUGAGAACUUUGAGCUCAUCAACCAUGAUGUGGUGGAACCACUCUAUAUUGAAGUGGAUCAGAUCUAUCACUUGGCCUCUCCUGCAUCACCUCCCAAUUACAUGUAUAAUCCCAUCAAGACCCUAAAAACCAACACUAUAGGCACUCUUAAUAUGCUUGGUCUGGCGAAGCGUGUGGGUGCUCGACUACUACUUGCCUCCACAUCAGAGGUUUAUGGAGAUCCAGAGGUGCAUCCUCAGAAUGAAGACUAUUGGGGUCAUGUGAACCCAAUUGGUCCGAGGGCUUGUUAUGAUGAAGGGAAGCGUGUGGCUGAAACUAUGUGUUAUGCAUACAUGAAACAGGAGGGAGUGGAGGUGCGAGUAGCACGAAUCUUCAACACGUUUGGUUCUCGCAUGCAUAUGAAUGAUGGCCGGGUGGUUAGUAACUUUAUCCUGCAGGCUCUACAGGGGGAGCCCCUGACGGUAUAUGGUUCAGGAUCUCAGACCAGAGCAUUUCAGUAUGUCAGUGAUCUCGUGAAUGGUCUUGUAGCCCUGAUGAACAGUAACAUCAGCAGUCCUGUUAACCUGGGAAACCCUGAGGAACAUACCAUAUUGGAAUUUGCUCAGAUGAUUAAAAGCCUGGUUGUGAGCCGCAGUCAUAUUCAGUUCCUUCCAGAAGCACAGGAUGACCCUCAGAGACGGCGGCCAGACAUCCGCAAGGCAAAAUUGCUGCUCGGCUGGGAGCCUGUGGUGCCAUUGGAGGAGGGACUGAACAAAACUAUUCAGUAUUUCAGCAAAGAGCUGGAACAUCAAGCCAAUAAUCAGUAUAUUCCCAAACCCAAGGCUGCCCGUAUGAAGAAAGGCAGACCAAGACAUAACUAGAGAACAGGCUUUCUCUCAGGGAUGCUGGGACAAGGCCCAUGUGGCCUCUAGCAGCCAUUUUACACUGAGGUAUUUUCUCCCCAUAAACCGGGUGAUUUGGUAUUCUUUUUUUCCCUCAGUUUUUGGAAAAGCAACUCUAGCGAGAACUGUCUCUUUUGUGCUUGCUUUUCAAAACGUGUGCCUCAGAAGAAAAAAAGAAAGAGAACAACCAGACGCUAAAUCCCACGUCUUGCACUUUGGAAUUUAUCAAUUGCCUAUUAUUUAAGAAAUUGUUGAAAAACAGCUCAUUGUGCUUUGUGCAUUUAUGCCAUGCCAUUUUGUUUGAUGUGAUAAUUUUUUACCAAUGUCUUUGUUUCAGUGUUGAGAUUUAUUAUGGAGCAUAGUGAUAUCCACUUUAUUUAUCUUAAACGCGCUGCAGUGGGAAGGCUGGCGCUAUUCUGAAGAAAAGACAAAACUAUGUGAAACGUGUUUCCGCUUUUUUUAAAUGUCAUUUUGAGCCAAGUCUACUGCUGCCAUUGUCACACUUCAAAGAGAACUCUUAUGCUUUUUCUGAUUUCAGGUGAAAAAGGCUAUUUUAAUAAAAUAUUUACACUGUUCGGUAUUCUGCUUUUUAACUCUCACAUUCUUUCAUUUGUGUUUGGUAACAGGUGGGGAAAAAAUUAUGAUGAUGGAAUUUGAUUCAAGGAUAAUAAGUCUGAUAACCAGGUUUAUUUGUUUUUGUUUGUUUGUUUUUUUGUACAUAAUAUUACCUGGCUACUGAAUGGUCAUUGAACAGAAAUACAUGCACACACAACAAUAGCGGAAAACACAUAAAAGCACUGCACUGUGAAGUAAAAGCAGUUUUGUGGACUUUAAAGUUGAGGCAUCGGACAGGAACUAGCUUUAUUUACUUUUUUUGUAUGCUUUGUCAUAAUUUAGGUUACACUAAGCAUAAAAAAAUAAAUGUUUUAUAAAAAUGGUGUACUUAUCUACAAGCUACAUAUUGUUUUUCAUCAUAGCAUGCUUUUGAUUAUUGAAGGGAAGAUGAUUUCUAUUAUAGCUAUUAGUAUUGACUAUAUAUUACUGUAUUACAGGUGACCAAGAUAAUCAGUAAUGUUACACAUUAGAUUGCUCUGGGGAAUAAAGCAGCCAUGUACUAAAGUCAUCUGUUCAGCUACUAUUGCAACAAGGUGACAUCCAUGAGAAUUGUCGUUACUGAAAAAAGAAGCAUAAUGUCUGCACAACGAAUUUACAGCUCCGAACAACUAUUUAUUGAAAAUGCAACGUUUCGACUGUCAGGUCUUCAUCAGGCACAGUACCCAUGUGGAAUAAAAUACAACUCUUUGUAGGAGCAGGUAAUCACCUUGAUUAGACUCGCACUCCAAAACACGUGACAAUCAAUUCAAAUCAUGUGACACACACACACACACCCACAAAAGAAUUACAAUAAACAAUCCACAUAAGGGUAAACUCUGCAAGAAUAUAUUAAAUAUUUCACUCCCUUGCUCAUAAGGUAUAAUAUAUUAUAAUGCAAUAUCAAAAAAUUAUAAUAAUAUCUUUAUUAUUAAAAACUACAUGUUAAGUAUUCAGCAUUAGGUGCGGAGUUCCGUAAAGUAUUAA